AGUGCUGUAGAACAGAGCAACUCCUCGCUGGCAUUGCAUCCGAAGUUCAGCACACAGGAGUGCUGCCUGCUUAUCUUUCACAAUGAAGUCAAAGCACUGAAAUGAGAUAGGGUCACAGAAACAAAACAAGGAACCUGUCGCCCCUGAACAAUGUAAAUACGGAGACAUGAACCUUCUCUGAAGCGCUUGAGAAAGGCAGAAUGGGAAGUACCGGACGCUCGCAUUCCUUGGAGAUCAUAUUGGUACUGGUUCUCUGCGCAACGGGCGCCAACGGUCGAGGUGCCGUUGGUGAUGCUGUAGCUGAUUCCCUGUCAUCGGUGGGUGGAACAUUACCUCACUUCCUGCAGGAACCAGAGGACGCUUACAUAAUCAAAAAUAACCCCAUCAAGUUGCGUUGCCGUGCGACUCCUGCCUUGCAGAUCUUCUUUAAAUGCAAUGGAGAAUGGGUUCAUCAAAACCAGCAUACCUCACAAGAGUACAUGGACCAAAACACUGGGCUGAAAAUACGCGAAGUGACGAUCAAUGUUACCAGGCAGCAGGUGGAGGACUUUCAUGGCCCGGAGGACUACUGGUGCUUGUGUGUAGCCUGGAGUCACCUAGGAACCUCGAAGAGCCGUAAGGCUACAGUGAGGAUUGCUUACCUCCGCAAGAACUUUGAGCAGGAUCCUCAGGGGAAGGAAGUGCCACUCAAGGGCAUGAUUGUGCUGCAUUGCCGCCCCCCAGAGGGAGUGCCCAUGGCAGAGGUGGAGUGGUUGAAAAACGAAGAACUGGUUAGCUCUCUCAAAGACGAUAACAUUGACACACGUGCUGAUCACAAUCUGAUCAUCAAUGAAGCCAGACUCUCUGACUCCGCCAACUACACCUGUCUCGCCAGCAACAUAGUUGCAAAAAGACGCAGCGCUACAGCUACUGUAGUUGUUUUUGUUAAUGGUGGUUGGUCUUUGUGGACUGAAUGGUCUCCGUGCAGUGUAAACUGUGGAAGAGGAGUUCAAAAACGUUCUCGCACCUGUACUAACCCCGCUCCUCUGAAUGGAGGAGCGUUCUGUGAGGGCAUGUCUGUGCAGAAGAUCACCUGCAAUGCCGUCUGCCCAGUAGAUGGAGUUUGGGAGGAAUGGGCAGAGUGGACGAUGUGUAGCGCCCAGUGUGAGAGGCAGAGAUGGAGGGAGUGCAAUGCCCCACCACCCCGGCACAGAGGCAAGAUGUGCGAGGGAGACGCUCAUAGCACGGAGAACUGCACAGACGGGCUGUGUUCACAAAACGGGAAGCUGAUGCAUGACCUAAAGCCCCAGAGUAUGGAGAGCUCUAUCGAUGUUGCGCUGUACUCUGGGCUGUCUGCUGGGGUGAUCGCUGUGGUUGUUCUCAUCGUGGCCAUCACCCUCUACAGGAAGAGUCAGAGUGAGUAUGGAGUGGACGUCAUUGACUCAUCUGCUCUUGCUGGGGGCUUCCAGUCCUUUAACUUCAAAACCACCAGACAAGGCAAUCCACUCCUGCUGAAUUCUUCCAUGCAGCCUGAUAUAACAGUGGGCCAGACAUACAGCAGUCCGAUCUGUUUCCACGACUCCAUAGACAAGGAACUCUUUGACCCCCUGCCCGAAAAGCUCAAAGUUCAGAGCUCCUUUAUGGUUUCACUAGGUGUGGCGGACCGGGCAGAGUACCACGUCAAAGCUCAUCCUGAGAGCAUUCACGAUACCCUUCAUCCAAACUACUCCACAGUAGAUGGAAAGAAGAGCAUAGUCACCGGUAAUGGACCUCACACUCCUGGAAAAGCUCAUGUGAAGACGAGCGCAGUGUUUGGGCAUCUGGGUGGGCGAUUGGUCAUUCCAAAUGCAGGAGUGAGUUUGCUGGUGCCUCACGGGGCGACCGCAGAGGACACGUCUUGGGAAAUGUACAUGCUCAUAAAUCAAGGGGAGUCCAGUGCCCAGUCAGAGGAAAAGUGUGAGAUUCUUUUGGGGCCAGAGAUCACGUAUGGUCCUCCAGGGCUGAACCUCUCCUAUCCUGUUGCCAUGACGAUAGCUCAUUGUGCUGAGGUCAGCACUGAAAACUGGAACAUUAAACUCAAGAGACAAACCAAGGACAACAAGUGGGAGGAAAUGAUGUCAGUAGAUGACGAAUCGACCUCCUGCUAUUGCCUGAUGGAUUCACAUAGCUGUCACUUGUUGCUGGAUCAGCCAGGCUGCUAUGCCCUGGUGGGUGAACCUGUUACUGAUUCAGCUGUAAAGAGACUGAGGAUUGCAGUUUUCGGCAGUAUGGAGGUCUCCUCUAUGGACUACAGUCUGCGAGUGCACUGUGUAGAUGACACACCACAUGCCUUUCAGGGAGUGGUCACUGCUGAAACCAGCAGAGGAGGUCGACUUCUAGAAGAGCCCAAGACUUUGUUCUUCAAAGGAAACUGCCUCAGUUUGCAGGUGUCCAUCCAGGAUAUCCCUCAGUUUCUGUGGAGCAUCAAACCUUUUACCACCUGUCAGGAGUUCUCCUUCAGCCAGGUGUGGUACACCAACCAGCAGCCUGUGCACUGUGCCUUCACACUGCAGAGACAUAACGCCGCAACCACUCAGCUCUCCUGCAAGAUCAGCGUGCGGCAGGUCAAAGGUCACGAACAGAUCCUGCAGGUGUACACUUCAUUGGCAGAGAGUGAGAAAGAGACCGUGCCAUUUUUUAUGCAGGCAGAUUGCACAGUCACCUCACAGGCAGGGGCCAAAGCCUUCAAAAUCCCCCUGUCCAUUCGUCAGCGGAUAUGCACCACCUUCGAUACUGCCAACGCCAAGGGCAAGGACUGGCAGCUCUUAGCUCAGAAACUCCACAUUCAAAGGAACCUGUCCUACUUUACCAAGCAGCAAAGUCCAUCUGCUGUCAUUCUCAGUCUCUGGGAAGCCAGACAUCAGGACAGUGGAGAUCUUGACUCACUUGCCAGUGCUUUGGAAGAGAUUGGAAAGAUCCACUGUAAAAAUCUGCCUCAGAGUCCAACUGAAAAAGACCCAGUCUUUAGUUUUUGAGGAAGGCCAAACCAGCCACUAAACAGCUGGAAAAUAAAUGUAUUUCCCCAGGCACCAUCUUCUAAGUCCAAGAAAACUCACCUGAAAUAUCCAGUCUGAAAGGUUUGGAUAAGAAGUGACCAAUCCGACACUUUCACACAUCUGUACUUUUGCAAAGGAACUAUGACAAAUUGGCAGGAACUUGUCACAGAUUCAAUUCAACCAAUUCUUUUUCUUUAAGCGAGCAUCAGAAUGCUGUGCCAAGCCAUCACAUCCUACAUGAAAUUUGAUCUGCUUUGCUCAUUUUAAUUAUUCUGUGAAAUGUGAUUGGUGGCCAAGCUGGGAUACAUAUUUCAUCUUUACCUAUUUUUAACAGCCUUGUUUUACAGCAGUAUAUAUUUAUAUCCCUUCUGCAUGUCAUUCCGAAUUAUGCUUUGUUUGCACUAUUGUGAUGUUUGGAGAAGGGAGGAGGAGGAAAUCUGCUUCUGCAAACUGCCUAUAUUGGUCAUCACACAAUGUGAUUGUGAGUCACUGUGUUCCUUUAUUUCCAUUAGGCCCAAUUGAGUGAUUUUAAAGACAUAAUACGAACUUUAAAGGAAAACACCACCGUUUUUACUAUGUUCUUAUCUCAACUUAGAUUAAUUAAUUCAUACCUUUUUUU